AUGUUCAUAAAGUUUAUAAACGCGUCCAUUUUCUAUUUUUGUUAUCAAAUAUACAUAAUUCUUUAUCAAAUAUAUACAAUUCUUUACUAUUCUACUACAUUAUUAUUUAAACCAAAACAAAAAACUUCUCCAAAUAAUAAUGUUUUUUCGGUUAAUAGAUCUGAUUCAUUUGAUUCAUUGCAAUUCGAUUCACCUGAUAAAUUUUUUGUUUUAACUGAUAAAAGACCUCAAGAACGUCAUCAAUCGAAUAUGGAAGGGUUAAAGUCACCUUUAACGAAUCCCAAAUCACUAGAUUUUUUUAUAUCAAAACCAUCAUUACCCAAUAAGACCUCUUCUCUAAAUACCUUUAACGAUAUUUCUGAUGUAAAUAAUGUCGUCGAACCUCAAACCAUUUCUUUCGAAGAUAAUGAUGUUCAAUUCCCGCAAUUUCCUCAUGGGUUUUUAAUAUAUUCUUCACCAAAUGAAUCUCCGUGUACAAAUCGUUCAAUCAAGUAUGGAGAAAUCCCUUUUUCACAAAUGAUUUCUCGUUCAUUAUAUCAGCCGUCCAGUAUAACUCCCUUAAAUCAUAAUGAUAUACAAAGAUAUUUAGAUAAUUCUUUAGCUGAAUCACCAUGCACAACAUGCACAAAUAGAUCUUCUAACUCAUCUAAUAAUUCACUUUUCUCGAAAACUUCAACUCCCAAUUCAUCUUUUACAACAUUUACAACUCCCGGUUCAUCUACAAAAUCUACAACUCCUGAAUCGAAUACAAAAUGUACAACUCCCAGUUCGUACACAAAAUCUAUGACUCUCGGUUCGUACAAAAAAUCUAUAACUCCUGGAUUACAUACAAAAUGCACAACUCCUGGUUCAUAUACAACACAUCCAACAACUGAAUCAUAUACUAAAUGCGGUAAUAUCACACCAAAGAGAACUCGACCAAGUAUUGGUAUUUGUUCACCUGGAAUAUUCUCAUCAGCCUGGAUACCAAGAAGAGAGAUGAAAAUUUUACAUCCUUCAAAACUUUCACCUUCAAUGAUUAAUGAAUUUACUACGACUUAUGCGCACAUUCUUGAGAAGUCAUAUUUUGAAUCAAUAGGUAGAACCAGUAGAAAAUUUCGCCCACCAGAAUUUACAGAAAAAUGUAGAAACGAUUAUUUUACAGAUAAAUUUAUUAUUGAGAAAGUUUUAGGAGUUGGGGAAUUUUCUAUUGCAUAUAAAGUUAAAGAUACGAAAACAAAAAUUUCAUAUGCUAUUAAAAAGAGGAAAGUUCCUUUUGAAUCACAUAGUAACCGAAUCGAAAAUCUGGAAGAAGUAGAAAUAAUGUGGAAAAUAGGAGAACAUUCUAAUUGUGUUCAAUUAUUUUCUGCAUGGGAACAAAAAGGUUUCCUUUAUUUACAAACUGAAUUAUGUGAAUUUGGUACACUUGAAACCUUUUUGGAAUAUAGUGGUAAAUUAAAAGAAUGUGUAAUAUGGAGAAUAAUUACAGACAUUGCACAUGGUCUUGAACACAUUCAUAAGUGCAAUGUUAUGCAUUUAGAUUUGAAACCGGGAAAUAUCUUUCAAUCAUCAAAUGGAAUAUUUAAGAUUGGUGAUUUUGGUCUCUCCGCAAGUUGGCCACCUAAACCAAAUCUUGAUAAACAAGGUGAUUGUCGAUAUCUUUCAUUGGAGGCAUUGAAUAAUUAUUAUGACUUUUCAGCAGAUAUUUAUAGUCUUGGUGUAAUAAUACUUGAAAUGAUGAUAAACAAACUAAGCAAGGACUUAGCAAACAAAAUUCGAUUAGGAAAUUUAAAUAAAUUGAAAUUUAGAAAUAUGUCAAAUGAAAUAAUUACAUUAUCAAAGGCAAUGGUACAAAUUAAUUAUAAGUCAAGGCCAACAAUUCAGCAAAUUGUUAAAAUUUGUAAUAAACAUUAA